CAUUAAUGGGGUUAAACCUCGAAAGGUAUGGAAAUCAGUGCAAGCAGUGAGCCAAUCAAAUGCCUUUGAUGUGUUAGCUCAGAAGGAAGUGCAGUUGCAGGUCCCACCUCUUCGGAGGGAGGGACUAAGGAGUCAGAAGGGAGCAGUCAAAGCUCCUUCCACCUCAUGAUUCUUACUUGGAAUGCGAGGGGGUUUAAUGCCCCUCACAAGCACAGCUCUGUGCUUGAUUUUAUUAGAAACUAUAGAAUUAAGGUUUUUGCUCUGCUUGAGACACGAAUAAAGAAGAAAAAGGCUGAGAAAAUUAAAGAGAAGUUUAGAAGUUUCCAGAUUAAGUAUAAUUAUGAUUGUCAUCCCCUAGGAAGAGUGUGGGUAGCAUGGGAUGAGGAAGUGUGAGGUGCUAUACUUUGUACAGAUGCAAACUUCAUCCAUGCUUUAGUGUCAGUUUCUCCCAAGGUUCAGUUCUUCUUCACAGCAGUAUAUGCAUCAGACAAUGAGGCUGAGCGAUCAGCAACUUAUGUUAGACUAAGGAAAUGGAGAGUCAGAGGUUUUCCAUGGGUGGUAUGUGGUGAUUUUAAUGACAUUAUCAACCCGUUUGAGGCGUCUAAUAUUGUUACACCCCGCUGUUCCCAAAAGUCAAAAUGACUAUUAUACCCUUUGGUCAAGUUCCACCGUUUUAUCGAUAAGGAUUAAAAAUGGGAACUAUCGGUUCAAGCGGUGCCGAAUUUCGACAUAAAAUGAGAAAGUUACGGGCAUUAAUUGAGUUUCGGAUUAAACUCACUCGUAAAUUAUGUAAUGCCCAGAAUACCCCUCCAAUUUCAACUAUAUCACCUAUUGCCGCCUUCCUUAUGUUGAAAAGGAGACUUUGACCUUUUAGGGUUUGGAACUUUCGACCUGCCAAUUAAAAUAUUGGCCAGCCCACACGUCUAUAGUUCCCUCUCGCUUCCUUUCCUUCACGAUUCCCCGGCCGGACCUCUGUUUGCGCCUCCUCCGAGUCGCCGCCACCAUAGGAAGCUACUGCUGCCGCACCUCCAUGACCACGUCAUCGUCAUCAUCACCGUCGCGCCAGACCAUCAUCACCAACAGUCACCUCCCACCAUCACGCCUCGUUUACGGUCUUCUCCGGCAGACGCGCCUCGAUUACCGUCUUCUCCAGUAGCCGCCACGACCGGAUACGAUAACUUCUGUCGGUGAUAAAAUGAGUGAAAUUGAAAUCCUCGCACAUGAACUAGUAGUUGAGGUUCUCAAGAAGCAAAUCAAGGAACUUUCUACUGAGAAGGAACAUAUUGAGAGCACUCUCAACCGUGUGACUAUGGAUCUGUCCCUCCUUCAGAUUGGAGGCAGUAAAGAGGAGCUUAGGUUAUCUGAGCUAUUUCACCAAUUGAAAGCUGAUAUUGAUACAGAAAAGCUUCAUUUAUCUGAGCAAGUUGAAAAAUUAGUGGGUGUGUUGAAUGAUGAAAUAGCCCAGGGUCGUGCACAUGCCGAAGCCUCCUCAAAGUCUCAUUCAAGCAAAUUUAGCAAACUACAAGACUCAGCUUGCAGGAAGAUUUCAAAGCUGGAAACUAUGAAUCGAAAGAGCAUGGAGGAGAAGCUACUCACGGAAGCUGCACUUGAAUCUAUGAGGAACGAAUAUGCAAUGACGGAGUCUCCGAUGACGAACCCGGUGUGGUCGAACUCAACCAUACUUCAAGAAAAGGGUACGGUGGCGUAGCUGACGAUCCCAGGUGUAUCCCCGUGUCGACGAAAUCGAAUUCGGACGUCGGAUGAGGGAGAUACGAGGCUCGAAAGUUUGGGACGCAAUCGGAUAGUUCAGGUACCAUUCUUGGCAAUUCGAGAAGUUAGAGGAUUAAAUGUGUAAUUCUUCCAAAGAGGUCGUGCUCAACUGUGUUGACUGGAAAAUUUCAUUUUUGGUACCUGGUACUUUUAAACUGACUGAAUGUUUAUUUUGGUCAUAACUCGAUUAAUUGACGUCCGAUCGAGGAACCGUCCGCGCCUACGUAAUCGUGAAAGCUAGGAGAAUAUUUUGGGAGCAAAUAUGGAAAUUUUUAUAGCAGAAUUAGAGUAGGAUUCGAUGGAUUCGAGGUGAGUGUAAAGGGGGUAAAUUCUACGCCUUACGUGUUCUUUCAAGAGUACAAGUUUUGAGUAUUUGAUGAAGUGAAUGUCGUCGUUUGGUUGUGCUUAUGGUUGAUGGUAUGUGAUUUUGUUUGAGCCAUGCUUGAUGUGACUGUGCAUGAGUUUUAUUUAAAUUUAAGCUUUAAGUUUAUAAGUUAUUGUUUAAGUUAAGAAGCAAGUCCUUUUUAAGAAGUAACUCACCUUCAAGAAGGUGAAGUCGUUUUUAGUGUUUUUAGUCACUAGCGCCAGCCCGUUGCUUUUGAGACAGUUUGAGAUAGAGCAACAGUUAUGCUCUUGAGAUUUUAAGAUGGGCAGCAGUUAUACCCUUGAGAAUCGUGGUGAAGAGCCACCACGAUAAGUUUAAGAUGUUAGGGGGAUGAAUCGUUACGACUUCCCUAACUAAGUUUAAGUUUAAGGAAAGCCUUGAUGGCUUCUCAUACGUAUGAGUUGGCAACCGGACUAGCUAGUGAGGGAUCCCAGUGUCAGUCAAGUAUUUAAGUUGAGAUUUAAGCUUUAAGAGUGGAGAGUAACAGUAACUCCCAUACAAUUUCAAGAGUUAAGCUUUUUAGUAGUGGAAGUACAAAACAACUUCCACUCAGUUAACUCAAGUGACCAAGUUUUAAUAAGAUGUUAAACGUAAG